CUUUUUUUCAUAUUCCAUUUUUUUCCCCUUUGCUACUAUCCAAUUUUUUUUUCUUGCUCGCCCUCUUUGUUCUUUCCUUUCCUUGCCUCUCUUUCACAAUACUCCAUCACCCCGAUUGUUCCAUUUCUGCAAAAUAGGAAAUAAUGACCAGUCACUCCAGGGAGUUGUUCUACGACAGCAGCAGCAGCAUCCUUGUCUCGUGCACCAGCCGCGAAAGUUGUUCAACCAGUAUCACGGAAGCCAGCUCACUCGUUCAAUGCAAUACGCAUGACACCCAAUAUGGCGCUGCCAAAGUUAGCAUGGAAGCGCUUCAAGCGGAAAAACCGGGUUAUGGAACGUGCACUGUUUUCGGAGCAUCAAUGAAUCUCGUGAAUGCCAUGAUGGGCACUGGCAUUAUCGGGCUACCUUUGGCUUUGCAUUACUGUGGAUUCUGGCUCGGUCUGGUAUGUUCGGUCAUUGUCGCCUUCCUCACCGGUACCGCCAUGCACCUUACAGUUCUCAGCGGCAUGGCCCUUCACGAAUAUAGUUUGGGCGGUUUAUGCCAAUGUCUUUUAGGCGAUAUUGGAUCACAAGUCGUUAAUUUUAUUGUAUUCUUCCACACGGCUGGCACCGCGGUCUCUUAUUACAUCUUGUUGGGUGAUACGCUACCGGCAUUGCUCGGUCAUUAUUUUCCCCAAGUGCCGUAUAUCAGCGAUCGACGGUAUGCCGUGAUUUGUUUUGGACUCUUUUGUAGUCUGCCACUAAGCCUGACGCGAUCGACAGCACGUAUCACCAAGUGGUCCACGUUGGGGGUCAUGUUAUUACCCUUUAUGCUGUUGGGGAUCAUCAUCCGUGUCCCCAAGUAUGCACCAUCCCCCUUGGAACUCGAAGUGGCGGCGGUUUCUCCAGACAUGUUCAAGGGAUUAGCAAUCAUGGGACUGGCAUUUGGCUGUUCUCAAAACAUCUUCGGCGUGUACCUGUCGCAACGAGAUCAACGACCGUCCCAAUGGCUUCACGCAACGUCGAUUGCCAUUCUCUUGGCAUACCUGGCCAACUUUGUAUUUGCUGUCAUGGGAUACCUUUGUUUCGGUAAAAAUGUUCAGGCCAACGUCUUGCUUAACUUUCCCAUGGAUGACGGCGCCAUUAAUCUGGUACGUCUUGCUCUCGGCCUGUUCAUGGUGCUCACCAUACCGCUUUGUAUUCACCCAUGUCGAGAAGCCGUACAAAAAAUGAUGGGGCUGAAUGAGAACGGGCGCAUCACGACAAAUAAAGAACAUGUGCUGGUCACCAUCGGUGUCUUUAUCCUUAUUCUAUGUUUCGGCGCCACGCUUACUUCCCUUGGUAAAGUCUUUGAUGUGGUCGGUGGAUUUUCCACUAUCGCCUUGGGCUUCUUAUUACCUGGGGCGGCUUACAUCCGAAUUUUCUUGCCUCACUUGAUCUACGGCGAAGCAACAAAGCUUCCACUUUUGGAGCCUUCGCAAGGCAACGGACUGCAGCCUACGUGGGGUUUGAUGGUGAUCGCUUUUAGUCUAGUCUGUAUUAGUUUCCCAAUCAUGUACUUUGCCAUUGUAGACGCUAUUCUGGCAUAAACGUCAUCCAUCAAAUACCCGUUAUCCCAGUCUUCAACUUUGCAUGCACGAAUUCAUUGAGGAUAAGAGGAUCCGAUGGCAGUAACACGAGUGUCAGCCAUAACAUGGACAAUGCAAUACAAGCGUUCUAUAUGAAAGAAAAUCGCAAAAAGAUUGAUGCAGGAGUGCCGUAUACCAGGAGAAAUGGAGUUUUGUCGGCGCGUGAUCAUCCCAUCCGCCAGUAAGAUGAGCCAUGAUUUGAGGGACACAAUAUUCCUAUACUACCUAGAGAUUAUUCCCGAGAUCAAACCACAUAAUAUGACGCCAAACCCCCAAGUCAUUAUUGUCUUGUCUCUGUUUAUUGAUCAAGGAAGCGGGAUUGACCGUCGAAUAAAAGUAUACAAGAUCCGCGACAUAUAUUUACUCAUCAGCAGACGAUUAAGUUUUUGUCGAGAUACUGUAAAACGACAGAGUAAUUCAC